AUGGACGCUCAAACCCCAUCCUUCAAGCCCUCCCUCUUCGAGCGAGCCGGCAUCUCGGUCACCCACCUCGUGAACCGCUACGUCCCCUGGCACAAGCUGCCGGGGCUCCUGGGCGCCUUCAACCUGGGCUUCCUCCGCGUCGAGCUGCGCGGGCUGAACCUCUUUGACGGGUACGCCUCGCCCGAGGCUCAGGGCAACGCCGUGACGGACCCGCUCGAGGACCAGCGCUUCCUGGGCGCCCGGCACUCGGACGGCAAGUUCAACUCGCUCGAGAUGCCGCGCAUGGGCUGUGCGGGCAUGCGCUUCGGGCGCAACUUCCCGCGGAGCAAGACGGGGAAGCCCACCGAGGAGGCGCUCUGGACGCCGAACCCUCGCAUGAUCAGCGAGAAGUUCAUGGUGCGCAAGGAGGGCAAGUUUAUACCCGCCACGACGCUGAACUUGCUGGCGGCGGCGUGGAUCCAGUUCCAGACGCAUGAUUGGUUUCAGCAUGAGAAUAGCGACGAGGCGUUCGACAUCCCGCUGCCAGAGGGCGACAAGUGGGGAGGGCACAUGUCACUCCCCAAGACCAAGCCGGACGACGUGCUCGACCCCUCGGACGUCGCGUGCCCCGGCUACAAGAACACCAACACCUCGUGGUGGGACUCGAGCCAGAUCUACGGCUCGAGCGAGGCGGUGACGCAGACCCUGCGCACGACGCACCCGGACGGCAAGCUGCUGCUCACUACUAACGGGCGGGAGCAGUUCCUGCCGCGCGACGACCAGGGCAACCCGCUGACGGGGUUCAACACCAACUGGUGGAUCGGCAUGGAGAUGCUGCACACGCUGUUUGCGCUCGAGCACAACUCGAUCUGCGACGCGCUGCGCGGGGCGUAUCCCGACUGGACUGGAGAUCAAAUCUUUGACAAGGCGCGCCUUAUCAACGCCGCCCUCAUGGCCAAGAUCCACACGGUCGAGUGGACGCCGGCCAUCCUGGCCCACCCGGCGCUGCAGAUCGGCAUGGCCGUCAACUGGUGGGGGCUGGCCGGCGAGAAGCUCACGCGGCUGGUCGGCCGCCUGUCCAAGACGAGCGAGGUCCUCAGCGGCAUCCCGGGUUCCGGCGUCGACCACGACGGCGUGCCCUACUCGCUGACAGAGGAGUUCGUCUCGGUCUACCGCAUGCACUCGCUCGUGCCGGACAACAUCGCCUUCUUCUCGGCCACGACGGGCCAGCACUCGUCGACGGUGCCCACGGUCGACACGACCUUCUCCCGCGCCCAGGAGCCCCUCGACAAGGGCCUCUCGUUCGCCGACGUCUUCUACUCGUUCGGCAUCAACUUCCCCGGCGCCAUCACCAACCACAACUACCCGGACUUCCUGCGGGACCUGCACACCCCCUCGGACGGCCUGCGGCGCGACCUGGCGACGGUGGACAUCCUGCGCGACCGCGAGCGCGGCGUCCCGCGGUACUGCGAGUUCCGGCGCAUGCUCCGCCUGCCCGCGCCCAAGACCUUUGACGAGCUCGUCGGGGGCGCCGGGGUCAACGAUGAGCUCGCGCGGGCGCUGGAGGAGGCUUACGGUGGGGACAUCGAGGCCGUGGAUGCGCUUGUGGGCUCCCACAGCGAGCCGCUGCCCAAGGGGUUCGGGUUCAGCGAGACGGCGUUCCGCAUCUUUGUGCUCAUGGCGUCGCGGAGACUGAAAUCGGACCGGUUCAUCGCGGGCCAGUGGAAUAAAGAAACAUACACGCCGCAGGGUUUCGAGUGGGUGCAGAGCCAGGGGAUGAAGGACGUGCUGGGGAGGCACUUCCCGGAGCUCAGGGAGGUGCUGAAGAAGAGCAAGAAUGUAUUUGCGCCGUGGGAGAUGCUGGAGGGGUCGAGGGGGUAUGACGGGGUUGAGACGAAGAUGCCGGCGGUGGUUAAGGGGAAGAAGAAGUGA